AAAGUAGCUGUCAUAAUGCGAGAAGUACUUAAGAGGAGGAGUGUAGUAGUGGGGAAGCUGGACGACACUGGUCACCAAGGAAACCAAGAAAGACGCCUGGAAGCCGUGAAUGAAGCCCUCCAUGGUGUCAACCAAGCUCAUAGAGGAAAUGAGAAGAGAUUCUCUGACUUUCGCUCCAUUGUGAAGAAAAUACAAGAUGCAAGAAAGGAAAUGGGCAGAACAGGUGGGAUGGCUGACGGAUGGAACCACAAGUAUGUGGUGGAAGAAUCACAACGGAGACAGGAGACUGAUGACCCAUUGCUGAGAGAUCUUUUAUCUGAGAUGCGAAAUCUGAACAUGGGAGGUAAUGCUGGUGGUGACUUAAAGCAUGAUCAUGAAGCAGCUGGUGGUAACUUCAAGGAUGAUCGUGAGUCAGUUGGAGGCCAAGGUUUUCAGGAGCCUGAGUAUCCUUCCCCCACCUCCUCCUCCAUAAAGGUAGACGACCUCCUCAAACCGACGACGCACACCAUGACAUUACUGAAGGGCGGCAGAGCGUUUGCCCUAGAGAAUGGUCGAUACGCACGGAUAAGCAUUAAGGACUUUCGACUGUAUGUCCAUUCCCUCAAGAGUGACCUGCAGAUCCUACUUCUACACUCCGUCAUUUUGCCGAUGAACGACAUUGUGCCACAGACGCCCCCCUGCCGGGUGUUCUUGGACCUGCAGUGGCCGAACAAUGGACAUCGGGGUCGGGUCAUCAUUCAUCUGUUCAGCAACUGCUCACUAAGCCAACAGUUUCUACUUCUGUGCACGGGACAGCGGGGCCUUUCCUAUGUUGACACCCCGCUGCUCGGGGUGUGGAAGAAGGGAAAGGAGGGAGAAAGGGUGUUAGGAGGAAUUCAUAUCAGUAACGAGGAAAGAGAAAUCGCUCAGUUGCCUAAGCUUAAUGGAAGUAACACAAGCAAGCCAUACUGGAAAGGAGAUGUGUUAGCAAGGAAGACUGGUGACUCCUUGAAUGCGCAGUUCGCUAUCACCACAAGGGACCUUUCAAGCCCAACGAAAAGUGGAAACGUCUUUGGAAAGGUGGAAUUUGGUCUCGAUAUUUUGCAAAACGCCGCCAUAUGCGACACCGUUACUCACAUAAGAAUCGUGGACUGUGGUGUAGUCAUUCCAAUAAGAACAUAAGUUCAUGAAUAAUUUUGUUUCGGUGUCCUCUCAUUUUCCACCAGGGACCAUUAACAGUUUAUCACGUUAAUUAGUAGCAUUUGAAUUCCACCAGUAGUGAGAAAGCACAAAUCUUAUGACGACAGAAACCAAACGGGAGGACAUCAUGUUGAUUUGGCUCAGUAGUAAUGUCCCAGCCAGUAACAUCUCAGUUAUUCCUCGCCUUAAAAAACUGCCUCCCUCGAGAGGUCUUGCUACGUUGGACUCUACUUCCGGGUUCCUGCGAGGCUUUUCAUCACCUCGGAUCCUCCUCCUGAUUGGUCACCGCAUUUUGCAGGCACACCACUCAAUCAGUGCCGUCUAUACUGAAAGCCAUCUGAGCUCCAGCCGACACUACCCUCACAAAGCUAAUGUUACCGCCCCCUCCCUCCUGACAAUAUUUCUCAACAUUCGAGUUAGCACUGCCCCUUGCCUGCCGCUGUAACAUUAUUAUUAUUGUUAUUAUCUGGACAGCCUUUUCACUUCAAACGGGUCACUGUCGUCAGCUAUAGCUGCGCACGCUGAAACAAAGAUGUGUCACAUACUUAAAUUUGUGUUUUUCUUAAAAAAAGAAAAAAAAGAGAGAGAGAGAGAGAGAGAGAUGUCCCAUUUAAGUGAAAUUUAGGGUAUUUAAUGCUGCUCUAAUAUCAUCAGUGCUGUAUGGAUGCGAAUCAUGGCUCAACGGGGACCUGAAACCGAUAGAGAAAUUAUACAACUGGGUUGUAAAACAAUUGCUCGGCGUUCGUAUGACAACCUGUACGGAUACUUGUUACAUUGAACUUGGCUUACCACCACUCAAGUAUUUAGUUAUUAGUGAACAACGAAAGCUUGUGGGAGGAACGCCAACAUAUGAUAGAUGAUUCGUGGGUGCAUGCUGUAAAGUUGGUUCUUGCUACAAACACUGCAACAUGUAGGCAUGUACGAGGCCUGAUCACAGCCAAUCAUAAAUGAUUGUGAAGUAGGACUUAACUACAUGAAACGUUCUAUUUGUGAAUGCACGUCCUUGAGGCGUGUUACAUACCGACUGCUCAACCCUAACCUAACUAUCGAUGUAUGUUACGUGAGGGAUAAUAAUGUCAGUGAACAUUAAAGAAUUGCACACAGCCAGUUUAAGCUGAGUGGACAUAAACUGGCAAUUGAGUGUGGAAGAUGGAACAGGCGUGGUCGUGGGCGCCUACCCGUGGAAGAGCGCCUGUGCCCUUGUGGGAGCAUACAGACAGAACUGCAUGUAUUAGAAUCUUGUCCCCUCACUGACGGUAUCCGUGCUCAGUACGUGUUCACAUCUUGGAAGCAGCUGAUGGACAUGCGUGUUCACAUCUUGGAAGCAGCUGAUGGACAUGCGUGUUCACAUCUUGGAAGCAGCUGAUGGACAUGCGUGUUCACAUCUUGGAAGCAGCUGAUGGACAUGCGUGUUCACAUCUUGGAAGCAGCUGAUGGACAUGCGUGUGCACAUCUUGGAAGCAGCUGAUGGACAUGCGUGAUCAGCUUGUCGUGCCUAAGAUGUGUAUACUGUUAUAUCACGUUUUACAUCGAUAUGUUACAUUUCCUGCAGAUGGCAUGUUUUCUUUUCUUUUAAUGUAUGAUAACUUCAGUUUUACCUAAGUGCUUGUCGAUUCUUAUCCGUUUGAUAGUUCUUUUAGUGUUCAUGUAUUUUACUUUUUCGUUUGACAUUUCUCUUAGUGUUUAUUUAUUUUACUUUUUCAAUCAAUAUUUUCUUUAUUGUUUAUAUAUCUGACUUUUUCUCUUGAUAUUUCUAUUAAGUGGACCCUACACGAUCAAUAUUAUUGACACAAUAUAUUGACUCAUUUUUAUUGUGCAAUAAAAUAUCAAACUCUUUCUGAUGUCUUCAAUAUAUUGUGUCAUUCUUCAAUACCGCCCCUUCAAUGUCAAUAAUAUUGUACAAUACGGAAUAUUGCGCAAUAAUAUUGAUCGUGUAGGGUCAGCUUUAGUGUUUAUGUGUUUUACCUUUUAUUUCUCGUUUGUUUUAGAGUUUUGUGAGUUUUAUGACUUUGUAGUUUAGUCAAUUUUAUUUGUUUAUGGAAUGUUUUUAAUUUAAUGGUAUGAGCACAGGAUUCGUGAAAAAUAGUUUUACGUUGGAUGUUUGUAUUUAAUUGAAAAAUGCGCUUUUGUUUGAAUUUUAAUAUUAAUGUGCUUAUUUAAUUGCAAAUUAAGGAUAUGUUUUUGUUUUAAGUGCAGGAGCUACACUACUUUUAUAAUGGUAAGAUAUUCUGUGUUGGACUACAGAUAAGUCGCAUGUUUUCCAAGUCCUAUAUAUUUUUUUGCUGUGGUUGUUAUAAAGAUCGUUUUAACUAGUUAUAUGUACUAUUAUGAUUUUGUGGUCAAUAAACAAAUGAAAU